ACUUUUCAUAGAAUCAAUCAGGAUUGGAAGGCGCGCAUGUCCUCCAAGAUAAAACCCCCUAAAAGACUGGAGAGAAAAGCAAAGCUUCCUGAAGAAUCGACUCUUGAUGCACACAAGGCUAAAAAGACGCACCUUGGCAGGCCUCAAGGCUUCCAGAGCAAUCGGAUUCAAAGGCAGGUGGACUCGACAAAGACUACAAAAGCCAAUAAACAGGCCCUGUUACGUCAGCUCAAUGAAAGCUGCCCGGGGUUGAUGGUGUGGGCGAAGUCUUGGAAGUUUUCGCAACUUUUGCCGCAACCUGAAGAAAGUCCUUGUGCGUUCGACUGGGGGCAGUCAUGGAAGUUUCUCAAUUUUCAGCCAAGCACUGAUGGAAAACCAUGGUUUGAUCUUGGGUUUGAUGCCAACAACGAUAUGAGCUCCAAUUACAUGUUUCUAUGGGAGAAACUCAGCAAAGCUUUAGACACCGAACACAUUAAACAAGACCUGGUCACUCCAGAAUGGGAAAAGUCUUGGAUAUUUAGUCAGAAAAGAAAAGAGUGUCACGAAAACACAAAUAAAAGUGAUUGCAACAAAUUUUACAAUCAAAAUGAGGAAAUCGCAUCAGACUGGAAUGAGUCCUGGAAGUCAACGAAGCCUGUAAAAGAAGUAGAUGUUAAAUAUGAUUUAAUUCAACCCACAGCUAAUGAGGAAAAUCAACCAUGGAAUAAUUCUUGGAUGCACUUUAAAAAGCAGCUUCAUAUGAAAUCUAAAGCUACAGAUAAUUCAGCUUGGAGUGAAUCUUGGAGAGUUGCGAAAACCAUAUCAGAAAAGGAGACGAAAUCAAUCCAAUCUCAAGCGAUGGAGCCUGAGGAGCUGCAUCCCAACAUCUGCAACGUGAUAAUGAAUGUGUCUAGAGAGAUGAAGCACACAAUUCCACAGAGCUCUCAGUUUG